GAAAUGAUGAAAUGUUACCGUCUUACAGAGCCCCGUGCUCGUCACAGACCUCAUUUCUAGCAUCGAGAGGAAAAAAGCGAAAAACGGUACAGCCCGCGGCAUCCGUGCACCUGUCUCUCUCUCCGUGCCAAAGAGGUUCAACUCUUCGACGGGAUCGACGUCUUUCCCUAAAAUCUAGGAAACAUAAGGUAUGGCCAUAAAACCGACAGUUGCUUUGAGGGCAUUACUUGUGGGAGGAGUGGCGGCAUUUGCAAAAAUAGCCGGUGCAAUGAAGGCUGCAGGUGGCGUGAAGUUGGGAGCAGCAGCAGCUGCCAUGACAGCAGCAGCAACUGCAGCGGUGUCAACAAAACAGGAGCCAAAGGAUGUUUCGAAGCAUCCUUGAAAGUGACUCCCAAGAAUGGUUAAUCAGUAUUAAUCAUGAUGCACAGGCUCCGCAUUCCCAGUGAGGUUUGGGGCUUAGCUAGCUUGAUAGUAAAAGAAUGUAUAAUAAGCCUUCUGAAAUUAGAGAAAUGACAUUGUUGAUCAUCUACAUUCAACUUGGUUAUAUGUGAAAUUUUUGUAUUGUCACAUCGAGAAACAAAAGAAAUUAAUGACAUUAUUCCCAGUGAAAAAUAAAAUGACCCUCCAUGCAAGAUGUUUAUCUGCGCA